AUGAGGCAUACUCUCCCAGCCGAUCUUGCCACUCUAUGGCGGGAUAGUCCAGGAUAUGAAUUGGCACGCAGCAGGGCUUUCAAUAAGCGAAUCCCGCCAGAAUUACCCCAUGCGAUUGUGAGGCCAAAGAAUGUGGAGCAAAUCCAGCAUGCGGUGCAGCUCGCCAUUGACCUUGACAAGCAAAUCCGCGUCCGAUCCGGAGGCCAUAGCCUAGCGGGUUGGACGUUGUGCGCGGAUUGUAUUCUCAUCGAUUUGGUCGACUUCAGGCAUAUGGAGUACGAUACCACGACCACCAUUGUCAGUGCCUCUCCCAGUACCACGAGCGCCCAGCUGAACGAGCUGCUGGUCGCCCAUGGGCGCUUUAUGCCGUUCGGCCACUGUGGAGAUGUCGGACUGGGUGGGUACCUUCUCCAAGGUGGGAUGGGAUUUAAUUGUCGGAGCUAUGGGUGGGCAUGCGAGUACCUGGUCGGCAUUGAUUUGAUUACGGCCGACGGCGAAUACAAACAUUGUAGUGAAAGUGAAAAUGAGGACCUAUUCUGGGCAGCUCGAGGCGCUGGUCCAGGUACCUCUACCAUCCUAUCACUUCCCUCCAUGCGUCUAACGAACUACCUCGGUAGAAUUCCCCGCAAUUGUGACCCGGUUUUUUAUCCAGACGCGACCGGCAGCCGCAGAAUACGAGAAGAGCACCUUCAUCUGGCCCGCAGCCUGUUCGGACGCGGUGGUAUCGUGGAUUUUGAAGGUAUGGACCCCCUCUCUAAGUCAACACUCAGCCAUACUGAGGCUGGAUCCGGCACGCAGAUUCUCCCCGAACUACACGCCGACAUUGAACCACUCGUGAUAAGUACCAUUAUCCCUGGACCCAACGUCGCUGCCAUUCUGGUGCAGUUUCUGGUCUUUUUGGGCACCAAUGAAACCGGCGCAGAGAAGCUGAAGCUCUCUCUGACGGCCAUGCCAGAUGGAACCCUCAUGGAGUUCAAGGGCGAACCCACCAGCAUUCAACAGGAAUAUGCGUCCCAGGAACGCACCAUGCCUCGGGAUUCUCGCUACAUCUGUGACAGUGUGUGGUUCAAAGAUGGGAUUGACUUUGUCGCCGUCACCCGACGAAUGUUCCGUGAAUUUCCUCGGGAUCAAUCAAUGGUCUACUGGGAGCCUCUAUAUCCAACGAGUCGGAGAAAGUUACCAGACAUGGCUUUUAGUCUCCAGGCAGAUCAAUACCUCGCCCUGUACGCGAUCUUCGAAGACUCCCAGCAAGAUGAAGAACAGAGUACUCGUAUCCAAGAGUUUAUUCAAGAGAUUAAGCCCUAUGUUCUGGGAACCUUCGCUGCUGACGGGGUGCCUGAGGUGCGCAAAUCUCAGUACUGGUCGGCAGACGUCAUCGAGAGACUGUACUCAGUGUGCCAGAGAUGGGAUCCUGCCCACCGACUCGGAUGCACUCUGCUGGAUCCAACGCGGAAGAUGAAAUUUUAG